AUGGCUCAGACCGAUGUUCCAGCUGAUAUGAAGGACUUUAUGGAGAAAUCUUUAUCCCAGAUGUGUCGCCAACUUACAUCUGUUGUGGACGACAGGUUUACGCUUAUGAAGAGAGAGUUAUCCGCUGAAACUUCAGCAACUCUUGGUGCGAUUAGUAGCAAAAAAGCUCGCUUGGAUAAACACGUAUUCAAGUAA